AGCAGCGUAGUGACCGUGAGGGGUCGACACCGAGAGAGAAUCCACAAAUGGGCCACAGUAACAACUCUUCUACUUCGCCGCAUCCACACCUUGCAACCGCAUCUUAACCCGAAAGGUUUCCAUCUUCCAUCUUUGAGCGUUUUUCCAGCUGAAGCAGAGAAAAUGGCAGCAAUUCCAUCAACUGGCUCCCUGAUCGCCACCCAUGAUUACUAUAGAAGGCGCCUCGGGUCCAACUCCAGCAACAGCUCAUGUGGCAGUGCUGAGUACACAGGAGAGGUCAUUCCACAUCCCCCAGGACUUCCCAGGCAAGAUUCUGGCCACUGGUGGUCUUCAUUUUUCUUUGCAAAACAGAACCCGGCCGGCAUGCAGAAUGGAUCUGAAACUCAAAAGGACAGUACCUACACACUGGCCGACGGUCAGGUGACCUGCAUCGUCAAGGAGAUGGUUCUGAACAGAAAACUCAGUGUGAGCAGUGACACUAGAAAACUCAGUGUGAGCAGUGACACUAGAAAACUCAGUGUGAGCAGUGACACUGGAAAGUCUGAGACAUCGGACCCUCCGCCCGCUUCCUCCUAGCCUGCUCCCCCCCACAACCACCCCCCACCCUCAGCUCGUCGUCCAUCAAUCGAGGUGGAGAUGAUGAUGAUGGUGUUCGUUACCUUUUAGUCGAUACUUUUUCCUUCUUGUCCAUAUAUAGUAUAUUUUUAUUAUGACAAAAAAAACUAAAAAAAAGGAAAGUUUUUUUCUUCUCUAAACUGUUAAUAAUAAUAAUAAUAAAAAAAGAAAUGCUUACAACAGUUACAAUGUGUUUUUUCAUCCCACGCGGCUGUUAUUAACCUUUUAUAGACUGGCCGUUAUGUGUAUUUAUUAUAAUAAACUUCACAUCUUUCGUGC